AUUUUGAACAGCAACACAUGGCGGGAUGUUGUUAAAAGUGGAUGCUAACUAAAUUCAACGAUUAUAAGAUAAAAUUAAUAUUAACAAUUUAUGGUGAACAGAUACUUCGACCACCACUUAUCCGUGUUCCAGUGGAAAUCGCCAAAAAAUGAAGAAAGUGUCGGCAUUUUCAGUUUUCAAAGCGAAAAAGGAAGAAGACCAACCGAAUGAUAUGGACAAAGGCAGUAUUCGCCGUGCAGCCAGUACACCUGCUGUAAAUGUAUCUGAUGAUAAGAAGAUGGAUGGCAGAAGUAAAAAAAUCCUGAGGGCGCUGAAGACAGGUAGUCUGCGACAGAGUCUACGAGGAACGCCAAAGAUGAGACCUUCCAUUCUAAAGGUGCGCGAUAGUGGUCCAGUUGCUGGAGACGAAGACACAGUAAAGUUGACCAGUCUACGGGCUUCCAACUCGGACCUGACCAACAAUGAUUCCACACCAUCUGUUGCUAAAAAAUCACACAAGGAAAAACUGUCUAGUGCAAGUCUUCGUCAAGACACGCCCAAGGUACCACAGAUGACAAUGAUUAAGCCUCGCCGUAAAAUGCAACCUGGUGGAGACUCCUUACCUCCUAAAGGUAAAAAUCAGUCACAAUCAAAACCUCCAAUAGACAUAGCUAGGUCAUCUUCCAAGAUCAAGUCAGUGUCUGCCAAAACGGAAGAAUCUUCUGAAAAACGAAUCCAGUCUCCCAAAUCACCAGCCAGCAUGGAGAACUCUUCACCCAAACAAGGAAAAGAAGGAGCCUCCCCAAGUUUAAGAUCGACACCGAAAAGAAACAAGAGACACCAAAACUCUGCUGAAAAUGGAACACCAAGCAAGAGAAAGAAAUCUGAAAAUACUACAAGUGACCAGUUUGAAUGUAGCACAGAGGAAAUAGAGCAAGCGAUGGAUUUUGCAGAUGAAACUGUAAUGGAAAAUUCAAACUUACCCUACAUGCAUGACAGCACGAUGGAAGCCAAGAAAAUUUUUGAGUGUCUUAUACAUCCUGUAAAACCAGACAAAUUCUUCAAAGAACUGUGGGAGAAGAAACCUUUACUGGUGAAGAGACACAUGAGACAGUACAAUGAUGGCUGGUUCAGUACAGCAGAACUUGACAGAAUUCUCAGAGAGGAAAAUAUCCAGUAUUCAGUAAAUUUAGACAUAACAACAUAUACAAAUGGUGUGAGAGAAACACACAACCCUGUGGGAAGGGCAUAUGCCCCUGUUGUAUGGGACAUGUACCAGAGUGGCUGCUCGGUGCGAUUAUUAAACCCACAGACCUACUCCAGGAAUGUGUGGAAGUUAUUGUCCAUACUACAGGAGUACUUUGGCUGUUGUGUGGGAGCUAACACAUACCUAACACCUCCAGGCACACAAGGGUUUGCCCCGCACUACGAUGAUAUCGAGGCAUUUAUACUACAGCUGGAGGGGAAGAAACACUGGAGGCUCUACAGUCCAAGAUCUGAUGCAGAAAAGCUACCGAGGUUCUCUAGUGGAAACUUCAAUGAAACAGAUGUUGGCGAGCCUAUAUUGGAGAAAACACUUGAGCCUGGAGAUCUUCUGUACUUCCCAAGGGGAACAAUUCACCAGGCUAAGACAGUUGGAGAUGAACACUCAUUACACAUCACUGUGUCCUGUUACCAGAAAAACACAUGGGGAGAUUUAUUUGAAAAGCUUAUGCCAAGAGCAUUACAGUUAGCUAUUGAGGAAGAUGUUGAGUUCAGGAAAGGUUUACCUCGAGGCUACCUCAACUUCAUGGGGGUGGCCAAUUCAGAUGUUGACAACCCACAGAGGAAGGAUUUUCUGAGAAAGGUAGAACAGAUGAUGAUGAGAAUGAUAAGUAAUGCUCCAGUGGAUUCUGCCUGUGACCAGAUGGGAAAACAGUUCAUGUACGACAGUCUUCCUCCGGUUUUGUCAGAAGUUGAGAAAUCAUGUAGUAUACAUAAUGGAGGAGAAAAGUGGGACAAACAGAAACAGCAGGUUGUCGGGACAACAGAGAUAGAACCAGACACACACAUCAAAAUCGUCAGGAAAGGUGUUCUCAGACUUUUAACCGAAGAUGACGAGGUCCGGGUAUAUCACACUCUUGAGAAUGGGCGUGUGUACCAUGAUGUUGAUCCACAGUAUAUAGAGGUGGAAGCUGAGGUGGCAUCAGCUGUAGAGUUCCUAAUCCACUCUUACCCGGAGUUUGUCAGUGUUGAAAAAUUACCGCUACCAACACUGGAAAAAAAGCUUGAGAUAGCCACUUCUCUGUAUGAAAAAGGCUUACUGAUCACUGGAGAGCCCCUUACCCCGCUGGAUGAUGACAGCUCAUGUGACCAUUAAUGUGGACAAGCCCAGGCCACCAUUUCUAGAUUGUGAUAUUAAUAUAGCGACCUAUCUAUGAAAAAGGCUUACUGAUCACUGGAGAGCCCUUUUACCCCAGGAUGACAACAGCUCAUGUGACCAUUUCUAGAUUGUGAUAUAGACAGAAAAACGAAAUAAUAUUGAAGUCAUACUAAGAAUUCACCGAUUUGUGUUCAGUAUUGACAGAUUCAUUGUACAGUAUAAUGUCUGUAUUUUUACAAAAUGUUUAAUUUGUUUUGAUUGCUUUAUUUUAACAGAUUAUUUUCUUGGGUUGGAAUAAAACAGUCAAUAUAUAUAUAUUUGUUACAAAUUACAAAAAUCCAUAUGGAUUUUAAAUGAUCAUGUCUAUUGUUGAUUGUAAGAAAUCAUUCAUUUGUACAGAUGUGCUUUUAAUUUUUAAUUAAUGUCUUUCACCUAAUUAACUGGAAGCUUAUCUGUGUAUCCUUAAAAAUGUGUGAAUGCAGAAAAUAGGUUUAAUACCAAAACAUAUUUUAUUUAUUAGUACCAGUAAAACUGGAAACAUUUGGUUGCUUGAUGCAAAAUUUUAAAAUCAGUAUUUUUCAAAUUGAUAACUAAAAGAUCCUAUGUAGAUAAUCAAAUUUUAAUGACAGUGUGAUGGUAAGUAAGGAAUUUCUAUUUCUGUGAUAUAUUUAAUGUUGGUAAUUAUUAAAACACACUUUCACAGUAUUUGGGAUAAGUAUAAUUAUAUAAUAUACACCCCUUUGUAUAUAUACCUAAUCAUAAAUGCUGCUUUUUUAAUACUGUGAUCUGGAAAAGACUCGAGAUCAAGGAUGCUGACAUCGAAAUGGAAUAAAAUGUCAAAUCAUCAAA